GGAUGAUUCAUAACAAACAAUGGGCCUUGGAAAAAUCCACUGCAUGCAUAAUGACAUAUAUGAUAACUAUAGAAUUAUUGCUACUAUUGCUUUACCCGCCUCAAAAUCUCUGCGUUCUUUAUUCCUCGAAUCUGCUGAAUUACGGUGUGUGCUGCGGCGACAGAACUCACUAGUUUCAGGGAAUAGCCCCGUUCUAGAGGCUAGAGAGCCAUGGUGUUGACGAGCAUGAUAACUGGGAACAGGUAAUCGACUACGGAUACUGUCUGUGUCUUUCAAUAUUCAAUCAUCUUUCCUUGUUAUGAUUGAAUGAGAUGUGCUCUGAAAUUUGCCUUCUCGGCGAGUCCUCGCAAGCCCUCUUGGACGAAAAAUUUGAUAAUAAUAGUCAUAAUGGCAACCACAAAUGCAUCUGCCGGUUCCUGCGAAACUAAUCCUUUUUAGCACUAGCUAGCUGCUCGGGAUGUUAGCUGACAACACGCUGCUUUUGUUUAGCAUCCUACGCAGUCUCCACUACACUACAUCAAAGGAGGAAUAUCGAGCGUGCACCCUUAUGGGGCAGCAUCGGGCCCAUAGUUACGUUUCAUGCAGGUACUACGCAGUAGACACAAUACUUGAAACGACGAGAUUGCCAAGGAAGCCAAGCGGCACUGCAGAUGUCCACGCCGAAGGUUGAUGCAGCUGGCUACGAUUUGCUGAUAUAGGAGUUGUCUGUGUUACAAAGAUGAUAUGGAUGCUGAGGAUUAUGACUUGCAACUUCCGGUUCCAAAGCCCCUGCCUGAUCUUUCAUAGCCUAGGUGGUAAUUUCUGUGACUCAAUUGUGGGAGAGAGCAGUGCGCAUGUCAUUUUAAUUAAUAUCUAUUCUCUACGCUGGCAUGUGCAAAAUCCAAAUUUCACCCCCCCCCAGGAAUCGAGUGAACGAAACUAGUUCAGUUCGGCAGCCUGCCUCUAUGUCAUAUACAGGGGCCGCUGUGAAAUCGAUUCGAUUGCUCUGACCCCAUCCGCACCCCUGCCUGAAUCUCCACAAUCCUCUACAUCCCUCGGCUUUUUCUGGGAAGGUUGCAUAUCAUGUUCCUGGUCGAUUGCUCCUCGAGACCCCUGGGACCCGAACCAUCUUGGUAAACACCAGGAAUUCCCUUUGGAGCCGCCUCCAUAAGCACGGUUGCUCUUCGAAAAUAUGUUUGGGAACAUUCGGGUUAUAAGCGUCCGUAGGGUGGGAAGAGAGCAACAUAUUCUCGCGACAUCGCAUUUGACAGCUGACCAGGAGGCCGCCGCGUCAUUGCUUUCUGAAUCUUAUUGGGAUUAGCUUGCGGGAACCAGUGGAAUGUGGUCAACUCUACGAGUACAAUAUAUACGGAGACCAUGUCAGCCAAGGUCGCAACCUGACGUACGCUCUCAAGACGAAGACCACUUGUGAUACAAACACAUAUUGAGAGCUGAAUUAGCUGUCUGAGCCAGGAAUAUAUUUCGGCGGACAUUGGUGAAAACGAAGAGAAGGCGAACCUACGAUCCUCCAAGAGCGAAACCAAUACGAGGCCGAUUCUCUUCCUUUUAUGAAGAUUCAGCCUGAUGGGAAUCGGCAUGGGGAUCGCAAGCAGAAUGAUAUCCGUGACGAUGUGCACAAUUGCAGUGGAGAGCCAGAGUGCAUCCCGACUCAUGCAGCUGCGUUCUACCGUGUCAUCCCGUGUCAUCCCAGAAACGUUUCACUGGGGACGCAGAUGAGAAACGACCCGAUAACCACCCAGAGGCCGUAUAGUGUUAAGAAAGCGAGGGCGCCAUAGCAUGCUAUACGUAUUCGACUCCCCGGGAAGCUUCUGUGGUACUGCAGGCUGAUCGAGGCUUUGUUGCAGAAGAGACUAGCACUAUGCACUGGGACAGAGGCACAAAGGAGCUGCAGAAUUAAAAUCAGUUACCUCAUGCGAAAAAGACGCCAAACGUUAUCACCUUUGAGACUUACUAUCACUUUUUUCUUGAUCGUAUCAAACAAAAUUUCAGUCUUACUACCACCAGGUGCGGAUUUCCGUUCUACUUGUUCGUUAGCGUUUUCCUUCCAAUAUCCAAAGUCUCCUUCGCCGGGGAUGAACGGAAAUGUGCCACGUUCAAGGAGUUUUCGGUUGCAUACCAUACCACCAAUGAGCAGUCCCAUGAAUACAAUGGAGAGUAUCUGGUUGCGGUGGUCAGCGAGUUCUUUUGUCCAUCCCAACUUCGACCUGGAUCGACUCAUUAAACAUACCAGAGAUACGAUACUAGGCACGUCCAGUCAUCAGAACCGAUCUUUUUAACCAACAGACCCCAUGUAUAAAAACGAGCGGCUACCAAUGAUGCUGCCAGCGACGUGAAUGUGGUAGUGACGAUAAGGGCGUGCUCGCCUUUAUCCUCUGACUCCUUCCUCAAGCGAAUGUACAUCGUCCUAUUGGACGUUUCCAUCUCCACCUCCAAUUUUCGAGUUCAUCUAACGUAGCGAGAGUUAUGUAUGUCGAUAACAUCUGAAAUGUAAUAGCGAGAGACAAAAUAGAUCCACGGCUCCGGCGCUAGCGAUAGCGAAGAACCAUUUGAUGAGCUUGGAGUGGAGACCUUAUCAAUUCAUGGAACGAAGAUACAAGUCUUCUGUAGGCACUGUACUGUACUGUACAUGAGUUUCCACAUAUCAUUGUUACUGGUCUAAACUCGGACAAGGCGACUGUUUUCAAUAACAUUCUCCUCCACCCAGAGCUGUGUUUCUCCCAAAGAAGAACCAGAACAGUAGUGAAGUUGGAGACUAUGACAGCCAUCUAGCGGUCGUUAACGAUGCCGCAGAAUAAACAUCAUUGAGAGUGGCAAAUCCCGAAUUAUUGCCGAGGCGCUUCACAUAGCUAGGCGCUAAAUAAUUGCGCUUACGCGUCUAAGUUACCGCGUAGCCGCGAUCUUUCAACACCAAUCCAGGUCUACUACUCCGUACUACCGCUCCAUAUCCGGAGACAAGUAAACAAUAACAACAAUAAUAAUAAUAAUAAUAACAGACAAACCCCACACGCUUUGUUUUAAACUUGCGGGCCCAGCUACUGACACAUCAGAUCACCCAUAUGACGGCCCUCACGCCCCGCAACCCCACGAAUCCCGUGGUCUUCUUUGAUAUGACGCUUGGAGGUAUGUGUAUAGAUUACCUUGCAUAAGAGGUUUGAUGAUAUUUCUUUUCUUCUUCUUCCUUCCGUUACACACGUGCCCCAUGAAGACGAAAAAGCAAAGGGGGAGAAAUCAGUGCUGCUGGAGAACCAUUGGGCCGAAUCAAGAUGGAGCUCUUUGCAGAUGUCACGCCCAAGACGGCAGAGAACUUCCGCCAGUUCUGCACGGGUGAGAGCAAAAAUCCCCGAGGCCGACCACAGGGUUACAAGGGCUCCAAAUUUCACCGAGUGAUCAAAGAUUUUAUGAUCCAAGGUGGCGAUUUCAUUAACGGCGAUGGUACCGGCAGCACAACCAUAUAUGGCACGAGCAAGUUUGCCGACGAAAACUUUAACCUGACACACGAUGGCCCGGGUCUUUUGAGCAUGGCUAACUCCGGCCCAAACACUAAUGGUAGCCAAUUCUUCAUCACGACAACCGCCACACCUUUCCUGAACAACAAGCAUGUCGUUUUUGGCCAGGUACUUGACGGCAUGGAUAUCGUUCGUAUGAUUGAGAAUACGCGGACGACGAGAGAUAAACCGAAUCAGGAUGUGGUUAUUGCGCAGUGUGGGGAGAUGUAAACGGGGCGGAUGGUUGAGGGAUGUAUUAGUAUUCUUGCGACAGGAAAAAUCAAGACGGACUGAUGGGAUGAGACGAGAUGAGAUGAGAUAUAGAAUACAGUAGACAUGGGAUUUAUCCCCGUUACGAUAUACUGCCUCGUUGCAGCCACUGAGAAGGUAAUAAUGGGCACUCUGGAGGCACUCGUGGAGAGUCGCGUGGUUCGAAAAUAUCGCCUGGGGGGGCCUCUGGGUGCUUUCUUAUGCUACAUAACGAAAGGACAUAUAUUUAGAAACCCGGGAUAAGGUAUGGCUGGAGAUGGAAAAGAAAAACAGGGUAACUGUGCGCUCAGCUCUCAAUGAAUUGGGUUCGUAGUAAAAGAGGAAAUAUAUGUAUAUAUAUAUAUCUAUAUGUAUAUAAAAUAAAAAAAUAAAAAAAUUGACACAGCGAACGAACCCCUUUGACAAUUUC